AUGCCUGCCCCUCUUCCUACGCCGUCAAAGAUCCCUCGUCAACUGGGCCCGUCAGCUACGGACUCCCAGGAACCUCCCACAAAAAGACCUUCCUCGUCUUCAUCCUCAGCUUCCGUGUCUUCUAGGCGACACAAGUCCUCUCCGCCCACGUCCCGUCCAACGUCGUCAUCAAGGAAUUCACCACCUCAGACCUCCCGAGACAGGUUCAAUUCGUCACCCACACUCUCGAGCCGUUCAGGUAAACGAGGCGACCGUAGUCCUCCUUUGACCUCAUCCAAGAUGCAGAAACAAGAUAGCGACGACGACACAGCCAAGAUGCCACCACCACCGCCGCCACAAUCCUCAGGGGGUCGUGCAGUGGGGCUGCGUACAAAACCUGGCGAGAAACGGAGUAUUACAAGCAUAUCCAAUAAGCCUAAGCUUGAGGAUAGGGUCAAGCCUGAAGAUGAGAAAUCCUCCGUUGCCACGGCAACCGGUAAGGGGAUCGGGAGACUUCUUGCUUUGAGCAAGCCAACCUCGUCGAGAUUGGCAAAGCUUGAUUCAGAAACGGGGAAGAAGUCUUCGUCUCUACGAUCUAGAGCUUCAACCAUGGAGAAAUCAGAAAGGGACGAGAAGGGUGUUGCUGGAGCUAAGGGUGUUGCUGGAACUCUGACUCGAGAGACUAGUGGACGUCUUGGCAGGGCUAUGUCUUUGAGAUCUUCUACUAAGGCUAUUGGGAACGGGAAUGGUAAUGUAAAGACAGAGGCCGUUCCUACUGAGAGGAGGACUAGUACGAGACCGAGGCCGGUUUCUAUGUAUGGAGCCACAUCAUCCAAAUCGGAUUUGAGCUUGUCUAGUGCUGCUGGGACAUCAACCACUGGCCCUUCGCACACCAGGAGACCAUCCACUAGUUCAAAUACAAACCCAAGCGCCUUAAUAAUACCACCUCCUGCUCCAUCGAAAGGGCAUAAAAAAAGCUCAAGUAUAACGUCUUUACAAAGUGUUGCUAGUGGUAUACCCACAGGAACUAAUGCAAGCUCUCGACCAACAACGGCAGGGAGUGUUAAGGCCAAACGUCCAGCAUUCACAGCGUUGAGCCAAGACUUUUCUACACCUAUAAACGCAAAUCCAGGCCAAGCUUCCCGUUCAAGGGCUGUACCACCGCCACCUCUUGACACGGCAACCAUACAUGCUCAGACACAGCUUCUCCAGCUGCUUACACUACAUUCAUGUUCCACUGAUGUAUAUCAGCAGCUCAUUUCAUCUGCUACAUCAACAUUGAAAUCACGAUUUGAGAAGCUCUCUGCCCGUCAUUAUGAUGCGCGGGAAACAAGCUUGAAAAAACAGAAGUGUCAAAACUUUGACUCUCUUGCUGCUGUAGUUAACAACGCUGUUCCGGGAAAGAAACGUCGGGAUACAACCAGGAGCCCGGAGGAACGUGUUCAAGCAUUUUCGGAGGCUAUCAAGCGUAUUGACGCUAUGCGUAGUGGGGAGUUCAAGAAUCUAUGUGGUGUAUUUGGCGAAUGGAUUGCCGGGUAUAACCCCCGUGGCGGUAUUGGCCGUGAGAAGUGGGUCGAUGGAAUUGGUGAGGAAUGGCGAAGAGAGUGUGUGGGAAUUUCGAGACGGUUAGAAGUUUCUAUCGCAGGUGUCGAUGGUGUUGCUGGCGUACUUGCAGACUAUGGCGAGGAAGAAGCAAUAGUAACAACGGUCACAAGAGUGGCUGAGGGCUACAAAGAGCUUGCGGAGGGGAUGCUUGAGGAGGUCGAGAUGAUGAGGAGAAUGGAGAUUGAGGUUGUGGAAAGAGAGCGCAUGGAGUUAAAAAGACGCAUUGCCUUGAUUUUGGAGGCCCCUGUUGAUAGUAGCUAUAAUAGUGUCGCUGUUUGGGCUGCUUGCUGA